AUGGCUUGUGCGACGACACGGGUUCCUUCGUCACGCAAUCUCAUUCAAACCUUUCACUCUCCCCCGGAACACUUAGUAAAAUUUUUUGGCAAUCACAGGCUUGCGCAACAAAACACACGACCAUUCGUCGCACAAAGUGUACAGAACGAAGACUUGCGCGACAACACCGGUUCCUUCGUCAUGCAAUCUCAUUCAGACCUUUCACUCCCCCCCCCGGAACACUUAGUCCAUAUUUUUGGCAAUCACAGGCUUGCGCGACAAAACUCACAACUAUUCGUCGCGCAAAGUGGACAUAACAAAGGCUUGCACGACGACAAGCGUUUUUUCGUCGCGCAAUCUCAUUUAGACCUUUCAGUGCCCCCUAACACUUGGUAA